GUGCCCGAGCGCGCGACUCAGCUCUCCCGCCGCCGCUGCAGUCCGCGUCCAGCUCGCGCUCCGUCAGCACGGGAACAGUGCUGAGUUUGCUCCUCGCUCACCGCACGAGAGGCUCUGGAAGGAAGCAGCGCGAGCGUCUGCAGUGGGAAAAACAGUCAGCAGGAUCCACUGUACGGCCAGCAGGAGAGACGGAGCUGUGGAGCAGCGAGAGGAGCGACCACCGAGGAGCCUGGAGGGUCUUUUUUGACCGGGAUCGUGCGUUUUCCCUCCAGGACGUGAAGGAAGGAGCGAGGAGCUGUGGCUGAUCUGCAGCCAUGCACCGCUUAAGGACUACAGUUGCGAGGCUUCGGCCUUUAACGGCUGCGCAGACGGCCCCGGGCCCGUCGCAGCCCAGACUGCUGCCGGCAGAAGGGGGCUUAAGGACGUUUCAGCCCGCGAGGCGCCUGAACACAUCUGUGGCUGCUGAGCCCUUCCUCAACGGCACCAGCUCUAACUAUGUGGAGGAGAUGUACUACGCGUGGCUGGAGAAUCCCAGGAAUGUGCACAAGUCCUGGGAUAUAUUUUUCCGUAACGCCAACGCUGGAGCGCCGCCCGGUGCGGCCUACCAGAGCCCUCCGCCCCUCAGCGGGUCCUCUCAGGGACUGGCCAGUGUCCAGGCCCGGGUGGCGGCUCAGCCCAACGUGGAGAAGCUGGUGGAGGAUCAUCUAGCGGUACAAUCACUCAUACGAGCGUACCAGGUAAGAGGGCAUCACAUAGCCAAGCUGGACCCUCUUGACAUCAGCUGUGUGGACUUUGACGAUGCCCCGUGUACCGUUGGUUUCCAGAACGUUGGUUUUUACGGGCUCGCUGAAUCCGACUUGGACAAAGUGUUCCGGCUUCCCACCACCACUUUCAUCGGAGGCAAUGAGAGCGCUCUGCCUCUCAGAGAGAUUAUACGCCGCCUUGAGAUGGCCUACUGUCAGCAUAUUGGCGUAGAGUUUAUGUUCAUUAACGACGUGGAGCAGUGCCAGUGGAUCAGACAGAAGUUUGAGACACCAGGAAUCAUGCAGUUCGGUCUGGAGGAGAAGAGGACUCUCUUGGCCAGAAUGAUCCGAUCCACAAGGUUUGAGGAGUUCCUCCAGAGGAAGUGGUCUUCGGAGAAACGAUUCGGCCUGGAAGGUUGCGAGUCGCUCAUCCCGGCCCUCAAGACCAUCAUCGACAUGUCGAGUCAGAGCGGCGUGGAGAGCGUGAUCAUGGGGAUGCCUCACAGAGGCCGGCUGAACGUGCUGGCGAAUGUGAUCCGGAAGGAGCUGGACCAGAUCUUCUGCCAGUUCGACUCUAAACUGGAGGCUGCUGAUGAGGGUUCUGGAGAUGUGAAAUAUCACUUGGGGAUGUAUCACAAGAGGAUGAACCGGGUCAGCGACCGGUACAUCACGAUGUCCCUGAUGGCGAACCCGUCCCACCUGGAAGCGGUGGACCCGGUGGUGCAGGGAAAGACCAAGGCUGAGCAGUUCUACUGUGGAGACACCGAGGGCAAACGGGUGAUGUCUAUUCUGCUCCACGGUGAUGCUGCGUUCGCGGGCCAGGGCAUCGUGUACGAGACGUUCCACCUGUCUGACCUGCCGUCAUACACCACGCACGGCACCAUACACGUGGUGGUCAACAACCAGAUUGGCUUCACCACAGAUCCCAGGAUGGCACGUUCGUCUCCUUAUCCCACAGAUGUCGCGCGGGUCGUCAACGCUCCCAUCUUCCACGUCAAUGCGGAUGACCCAGAGGCCGUGAUAUACGUGUGUAAAGUCGCUGCCGAGUGGAGGAACACUUUCCAUAAAGAUGUGGUCGUAGACCUGGUGUGUUACAGACGUAACGGCCACAAUGAGAUGGAUGAGCCCAUGUUCACCCAGCCGCUGAUGUACAAGCAGAUCAAGAAGCAGAAAGGGGUCCUGAAGAAGUUCGCCGAUAAAGUAAUCGCCGAGGGAGUCAUCACAAUGCAAGAGUACGAGGAGGAAGUAGCUCAGUACGACAAAAUCUGUGAGGAAGCUUACAAUCGCUCCAAAGAUGAGAAGAUCCUUCACAUCAAACACUGGCUGGACUCGCCGUGGCCCGGUUUCUUCACACUGGAGGGACAACCCAAAACUAUGAGCUGCCCUCCCACUGGCAUCAGUGAAGAAGAGCUCAGCCAUAUUGGAAACAUCGCUGCCUCCGUCCCAGUGGAGGACUUCACCAUACAUGGAGGUUUGAGUCGUAUCCUGAAGGGUCGUGCAAACAUGGUGAAUCAGCGGGUGUGUGACUGGGCUCUGGGGGAGUACAUGGCCUUUGGCUCUCUGCUCAAAGACGGGAUCCAUGUUCGCCUCAGUGGACAGGAUGUGGAGAGGGGCACAUUCAGCCAUCGACACCAUGUUCUACACGACCAGAACGUUGAUAAGAGAAUCUGCGUCCCAAUGAACCACAUCUCCCCCAACCAGGCUCCUUACACUGUGUGCAACAGCUCUCUGUCUGAAUACGGAGUGCUAGGUUUUGAAUUAGGCUUCGCCAUGGCGAGUCCCAACGCACUGGUCCUGUGGGAGGCCCAGUUCGGAGACUUUAAUAACACAGCUCAGUGCAUCAUCGACCAGUUCAUCAGCUCGGGUCAGGCCAAGUGGGUCCGACAGAACGGCAUUGUGCUGCUGCUUCCUCACGGCAUGGAGGGGAUGGGUCCAGAGCACUCGUCUGCCCGUCCUGAAAGGUUUCUACAGAUGUGCAAUGAUGACCCUGAUGUUUUCCCUAAACUGUCUGAGGACUUCGCAGUGCGUCAGCUGUACGACUGUAACUGGAUCGUCGUCAACUGCUCCAAUCCUGCGAACUACUUCCACGUCCUCCGCCGACAGAUCCUGCAGCCCUUCAGGAAGCCUCUCAUAGUGUUUACUCCCAAGUCGCUGUUGCGCCAUCCGGAGGCCAAGUCCAGCUUUGAUGACAUGCUGCCAGCCACCCACUUCAGGCGUAUAAUCCCAGACGACGGGCCUGCAGCCGCCAGCCCGGAGAAGGUGAAGAGAGUCAUUUUCUGCUCUGGCAAGAUCUACUACGAACUGACCCGGGAACGCAAGAACAGAGGGAUGGACGACACUGUGGCUGUGGUUCGCGUCGAACAGCUCUCACCGUUCCCGUUCGAUCUGGUGAAAGCGGAGACCGAUCGUUAUCUAAACGCCGACCUGGUGUGGUGUCAGGAAGAGCACAAGAACCAGGGCUACUACCACUACGUCAAGCCCCGCAUCCGCACCACCAUCAACCACACCCGCCCCGUCUGGUAUGCUGGUCGUGAUCCUGCAGCAGCUCCAGCUACUGGGAACAAGCAAACUCACCUCACGGAGCUGCAGCGUCUACUGGACACGGCCCUCGACCUGGAGGCGUUCUCAGGGAAACUGUAACAGUCACACACACCCGCCUGUCGAGCUUUAACCCUUCGCCUACAAUUUGCAUUGAUGUGUUUUUCUUUCCUCAAAUAUACGAACAUAUCAGACCUGUUAUCAGGCGUAAUCUUCAAAAGACGCACAAUGACUUUAACACUGUUACCGUGAAGACCUCAUGUUCACAGUGAUGGACACUAUUAUAGCAUUGAAUGUAUGAAUUUAUACACUAUUAAUUUGUAAGACAAACCCGUUUUUAUCUGCUUUUAUUUAGUUAAUUAUAAAAUAACGUCACCCUGCUCUGCUCCGCACAUCCUGCUGAAAUCCUGCAUCCGUCACCUGCUGAAUAAAUGUUUCAAUUCAUUUAUAUGGCCGAUCCAUUCGGACAGCCAGAGGAAGAACAAUGAUGCGCACAUUUAAAGGAAUGGUUUGACAUUUUGGGAAAUUAGCUUAUUCAUGUGUUGAGAGUUAGAUGAGAUCAGUUAGCUUAGCUUAGCUUAGCUUAGCAAAAAGACUGGAAACAUGUAGCCUGGCUCCGUCCAAAGCUCACUAAUUCACACGUUUAAGUGUAACUACACCCUUCAGUUCUGCAUCAGAGACCUGCAGAGGACGGAGACUUUAGGGGGCGGGGCCUCGACAGACUGACCACAGCAGUGUAGCAGAAACAGCGAGCUGGUAGUCAGAGCUAACAGAGCAGCUGCUGUCAAGACUUUUAAAGUCACUAGAAGCACAUUCACGCCAUUUGUAAAAGUUUCUGCGUGCUACCUGUUUGUAGAUAAGCAAACGGUUAACUCUCCGGUGUAUGUGUGUGUGUCAGUGUGCUUCUACAGCUCAUAAAGUCCGAACCACUGCGCCACAAUAUAAACAUACAAUAUAGAGGGUUAGCAACAGCUUGCGUAACCUCCUGUGAGUGGUCGACUCUAUGCAUUCAGGGUGAUUUAAAGCAGUAGAGGGCGUGUUGAGACAUAUAACUCAGUUUAUGGUGGCGCUCCGCUUUAAUAGUUGCUAAAACCGCCACCUUUAAUACCAUUUCAAUGUAUUGUUGAUCUGCUGUGGUCUCGUCUUCCUCGGCCGCUAAAUAAAUUUCCCAAAAUGUCUGUUCCUAUAAACUGGAUUUACAGUGACCACAUGAGACCUGGCAACCCUGCAGCGUGUACAACCGGAGAUUGGUGAAAACAGAUCAACAACUGAAUGGUUGCAGUAAGAAUAAAAAGGCUUUAUAUUAUAUUUGUCUGCCUUCUGUGUCAGAUAUUUCUCAGUGACUUUAAGGGUUGUUUAUCUCUCGCUGUAUCUUCAUCUAACAUAAACACACCUCUUCUUUUUUUUCCAUUCUUCACAUAUUCUGCUUCAAUUCUUCCCAAAUCUCUAUUUAUUUCCUCCUCCGGGGUUUCACUCGCCGUCCUGCCGCGGUCGCCGUAAACGUCCCCGUUUGUGCCAAAUGUGACAGAUUACUUGAAAUUACACACCGUGUUUCAUUUAGAUAAAGAAAUCAUGCCAGCGACAGCAGUGUGUAACGACACGAUGGGAUUCCUCAGCUCCUCAGAUUGGAAGAAUGUAUUUAUUUUCAUACAGUGUUGUAUGUUUUAUUGUUUUCAAUAAAUGAAGAUUAUAGUUCCUGUUGAA